ACGCAGUUUGGCGGAACAGCCACAAAGUAAGUGGUGACAAAGCAACUUUCAGUUGCAGAGCAGUGUUAAAUACGGUGGGUGUGGACAGCUUGGCAGGAAAGGGACACAAAAACUAGACCGUUAGCUGGGGAGCUGCUGCAGGCAGGGCAUUUUUGUUGAGUACAGUAGCUUUUGAACUAAGUUUGACUUCAACUGCUGAAACCAGUUUUCUUCUGUUCCACAUCAACAAAUAUCAGCUUGAAGAGGAAAGGUAGUUGUGUAAGAGUCUGAUCUGGGAUUUUUCUGAAAGAAAUGUAUGCUAAGAGCUUCGGGGGGACAUUAAUUCCAUAUAAAGGUGAACUGGAUUGAGCAGGCGUAAUAAAAAAAAACUCCAGACAAGCUUCUUUCUGAGUAGAAACCUCUCACUUUAAGGAUGAUGUUUUGAGUUUGUUACCACCAUGCCCGGUGAAGAUGUCGGUCCAGGUCGGGGUGAAAGGAGAAGGUUGCCCUGGCUGUUUUUGGUGCUGGUGAUUGCUACCAUCACCUCCUCCUCCCUGUCUGUGAUCUCCCUGUACCACAUGCUGGCCCUGCAGGCCGAGGUGGAGGGUUUGAGAGCUGAGGUGGUCCGCAAGAGAGAGGAGCAAAGCGGGACACUAGAAGAACCCGUAAAGGAGGCAGAAAAACAAACCCAUCGGCAGGAAGAAGAAGAGGGCAAGGGGAACAUUGAGUAUCUGCAGCAGGCUGAGAUGGAUGAACCCGUAACAGACCAUACUGUCCUUUCAAAAAGGAGCCUGGGUCGUACGUCAAACAAAGCAGAAUCCCAGCCCUGUUUACAAAUGAUGGCAAACAACAAGAAAAAAACCUUCCAGAAAGAGUUUGCUUUGGAAAUGUGCACAGCCAUCCCAUGGCAAGUCGGACUGAAGCGUGGAACAGCUCUGGAAGAAGAGCAGGGCACCAUUUUAGUCAAAGAGGAAGGAUUCUUCUUCAUCUAUAGUCAGCUCUCCUUUUCCCAGGUUUACUACACAGACUAUACGUUCGCCAUGGGCCACAUCGUGAUUCGUAUAAAGAAGAACGUGGUUGGAGACGAGAGUCAGCACGUUGAUCUGUUCCGCUGCAUUCAGAGCAUGAAUCGAGUCAAUCAUUUCUACACCUGCUACACGGGAGGCGUGGUGAAGUUGGACUCUGGGGACAGACUGGAGCUUCUGAUACCUCGUACCCAUGCUAAUAUCUCUCUGGAUGGUGAUUCCACCUUCUUAGGAGCCAUAAAACUGGCCUGACGUUGGAGAAAGGCUUUGGAUCGGACACUGAAUGCGAUUGGAUAUGCUAUUGUUAUUACUCAUAAGGAUAAUUAUUAUUGAUAUUAUAACUGGACUUCAUGAAUACAAGUGCUGCUUCACGCUGUGGGUUAUUCUUGAAAAUGUCUUCGCUGAAUUACUUGGUAUCCAUUUCUUUUGGUUCCCACUUCAGUUGCACGCAUGCACAAAAUCGACGUUAUUCAGCCUAUUCAAGUUCCUCUAUGUCAUGAUUAUAAUGUCAUUCUUCAUAAUGCUUUAACAAAAUGCACUUAUACACGUAUGCUUCUUUGAACCCGUUCAGGUGUGUAACAACCAUUUUUGACAAUCCAGUGAUGGAUAAAAUCGUGUCCUGCUCUGCAUUUUUUAUUUAAUUCAUUUUAAAUGAACACUUUAUUUAUCGCAUUUUACUCUUAAGAUGUGUUAUUAACAAUCUCUUGUUGGGUCGCGAGCGUGCGCACACACACACACACACACACACACACACACACCCACCCACACCCACACCCACCUGUAUUUAAUGUUUUAUCAUUCAGAACUGUUGCAGGAUAACACCUCAGCACGUGCUUUGGUUUUAACAAAGCACUUUGACCUGUAUUAAACGAAAGCGUGCGUUCAUCUCGUCUGUAUGUUUCAAGCUUAAAGUGUAUAAGCUUAUAUGCAGCCUCCGUGAUUCUACCAGCAGAUGGUGACAUUAUCACGCAGUGGAGGACCAUCUCAAACAGAAAGUGCUUUCUUUGUGCUGAGUGCUCCACACAGCUUUCAUAUGGACCGCUCUUUCUGUUCAUUGACAGAGGUUGUAUAUGCUUCUCGUAUAGAAAUAAUCCUCAUAGUAUCACAGGCCUUGAUAUGCUGGAAUUCUGUAUUUACUGUAAACAUAGUGUCUUUACAAUAAAUCAUCAGAUCAG